AUGCAGGUAGGGCAGCAACAAGUUUCUAGAAUCAUUAGCAAUGGUUUACCCCAAGGGGAUGUGCUGUCUCCUACGCUGUUUAACCUAUACACCACAGGUCUCCAUAUAUUGGACGACGAAAACACCACGUUGUUACAGUUUGCCGACGAUUUCGCGUUGAUUACCAGAGCAAAGACGAUUGAGCAAGUAGAAAUCAAAGCCCAACAACAACUCACGAGGUUUGUGACAAAGGCCAUGAAUCUAAAUCUACAAGUUAACCCUACCAAAACGAAAGUAAUCCUUUUUCAUGGCGGUCGAAAGAAGCUGAACAUUAACGUAGGCAAUCAACAACUAGAAGUAACAACGACUCAUAAGUACCUUGGAAUCCAAAUUGAUCGGUUUCUUAAGUUUGGAGGACAUAUAAGACAAGUCCAACAAAGUAUACAAGAACGACUCAAAAUGUUGAAAAUUAUUAGCGGAGCUCGGGGAGGGGGUCACCCACAAACGAUGACUCUUGUGUAUAAUGGUCUUCUUCGCAGCUACGCAGAAUAUGGAUCCUCGAUAAUAAAUAACACUAGCCAAACACACAAAGACAAAAUUCAAGUCACGUUAAAUGCAGGCCUACGAAAGUCAACAGGUUGUUGCAAAACCACACCUCGAAACACUCUUCUAGCGAUAGCAGCCCAGGAACCAUGGGAGUUCCGAAGCAACUACGUGGCCAAUAAAGAAAUAGCAAAGGCCAUCUACUACAAAAAUCCGCUCUACAGUCAACUUGUGAAAGUUAUUGAUUACAAUGGAGACCUACGAAAGUUAAGCUUCAUGGAACAACUGUUUCUUGAACAUAGAGAAAUUUUCGAAAGCAUAAGUCCCAUGAUUCAGACACCUAUAAGAAAUGUAUCGAUAUCAACCGACAUAGGAAUCCGAACCACAAAAUCUAAUACGAACACCAGAAUCCUCAAACAAUCGGUGCUGGGUAUUCUUGUUAGUAAAUAUCAAAACCAUCACCGAGUUUACACGGAUGCAUCCAAAACCAGCAACAGUUGCGGAGUAGGUAUUUACCUAGAAACGAACAAACGCAAAAUCUCUCUUAAACUCGAAAAAGAAACCUGCAUCAUGACGGCUGAAAUAAUAGCAAUACGUAUUGCAGUAGACGAAAUCACACGUUCAGGACUGCAAAAAUCAGUCAUUCUAACUGACUCACUUUCGUCAUGCAAAGUGCUAGAGAACAGUUUGAAUACAAAACACUGCAGUGCAAUAAUUGACAACAUUAACGAAGCUUGUGAAAAACAAGAUAUUACUGUGCAAUGGAUCCCAAGCCACAUAGGACUUGUUGGAAACGAUAUCGCUGAUGAACUGGCCAAAGAAGGUGCAGAGAAAGCGGACGCUCAUGUCAGGGCACGACAACAGCAAAUACUGGCUCUUCAAAAUGAAACUUACUGA